AUGGAGAGAUUCAAUAACAUCAAGCAGUGGUUGAGUGAGAUUGAUAGGUAUGCCAGUGACAACGUGUGCAAGCUUCUAGUUGGGAACAAGUGUGAUUUGGUUGACAGUAAGGUUGUUGACACUGGAAAGGCAAAGGCUUUUGCAGAUUCGUUAGGAAUUCCCUUUAUCGAGACAAGUGCAAAGGAAUCCAUCAAUGUGGAGGAAGCUUUCCUAACCAUGACAUCAGAAAUCAAGAAAAGGAUGGCAACCCAACCAACCGUGGAGAGGAGACCCACCGUCCAUGUUCACAUGAAAGGGCAGCCAAUACAGCAGAAGAGCAGCUGCUGCUCAUCGUAG